UUGGUCAGAUCGACUUACGCUCCUCCUCUCUUAUUUAACGUCGGUUUCUUACACUAUCACAAGUUCACAGUUUGCAUAAAUCAACAUGGUGAAUAAGGCCGUUUGUGUGCUAAAAGGCGACGGGCAAGUGACCGGAACCGUUCAUUUCGAGCAAGAGGCUGAAAAGUCUCCAGUGAAGCUCUCGGGUGAAAUUACUGGCCUUACUGCAGGAAAACAUGGCUUCCAUGUCCAUGCUUUUGGAGACAACACAAAUGGCUGCAUCAGUGCAGGUCCGCACUUCAACCCUUACAGUAAAAAUCACGGUGGACCAACUGAUAGUGAAAGACACGUCGGAGACCUUGGUAAUGUGACAGCUGGUGAAGAUGGGGUUGCAAAAAUUGACAUUGUGGACAAAAUGCUGACCCUGUCAGGGCCAGACUCCAUCAUUGGAAGGACCAUGGUGAUCCAUGAGAAGGAGGAUGACUUGGGGAAGGGAAACAAUGACGAAAGUCUUAAAACUGGCAACGCCGGAGGUCGUCUGGCCUGUGGUGUUAUAGGCAUCACUCAGUAGUGUCCUGCUCUAAUCAAAGAGGCAGCUUGGAAAUAUUAGUGACCAAUGUGGAUCCCCUGUAAGCACUUAGUAAACUGAUGAAUCUCUAUUUUUGGCAAGUUAAUGUUAAUUUACUUUAUCCAUGUGAAGCUGUUUUUCCAGUACAUUUCUUCUCAUAGUAACAAAGUGAUGUUCAUUUCCCCUGAUUUCUGCUUUAUUCAAUAAACAUUGAUCAGGCUGGA